CCACAAACUCGCUUAAUUGUAAUGGUAUGGAUCUUGUCCUUUCAUUAAUUGAACAUAAAUAGACAUAUAUAGACCAAUUAUUUGGAUAUCAUCAUCAAAUCAAUAUUGCCUAAGAAUACGGUUGGAACUCUGUACAGAUCAAUUGGCAUUUUAACAUUCACAUUCAUAUUCAUAAUCAUAUUCACAUUGUAUACGUGUUUGAUUAAUUAUAUCUUUGUAUUACAAUAUGGAAGAUCAUCAAAAUGAUCAAAAUAAUCAAGUUGCAUUAAAAAUAGGUCUAAUAGGUGACUCUCAAAUCGGUAAAACUUCAUUAAUGGUCAAAUAUGUCGAGGGAUCAUUUGAUGAAGAUUAUAUACAAACCCUUGGAGUUAAUUUCAUGGAUAAGAAGAUUCAAAUAAGAAAUACAACUAUUACAUUCUCAAUAUGGGAUUUGGGUGGACAAAAGGAAUUUAUAAAUAUGCUUCCAUUAGUUUCAAAUGAUGCUGUUGCUAUACUAUUUAUGUUUGAUUUAACUAGAAAAUCAACUUUGAAUUCAAUCAAAGAAUGGUAUCGACAAGUAAGAGGUUUUAAUAAAACGGCCAUUCCCUUCUUAGUAGGUACAAAAUAUGAUCAAUUUAUUGAUUUAUCUCAUCAAGAUCAAGUUGAAAUAACUCAACAAGCAAAGAAAUUUGGUCAAGCCAUGAAAUCACCUGUCGUAUUCUGUUCCACUAGUCAUUCAAUUAAUGUCCAAAAGAUAUUCAAAAUAAUAUUAUCUAAGGCAUUUGAUUUACGAUUAAAUUUGGAAGAAAUAGUAAACAUUGGUGAACCAAUUCUUAUUUAUAAGUAAUUGCUUUUUCCAUAACAUCAUCAUGCAAAAUCACGACUUUCAAUUCUCCUAUAAUACAUUUACGUUUCCUUUCAAUUUAUUCAAUUUGUUACACAUAUACAUUCUAUUACAUGCUUAACUAUAUACAUUUUUUAUAUUACUUUAAUG